AUGGUGCAGAUCUUGCACAGGUAUAAAAGCAGGACUACAGCUGCCAUCAGCCCCCCUCGCCGUGUCCGGAUCACGGACGUCAAAGACUCCUCCAUCACGCUCACCUGGCGCUCCAAGGUGGAGACCAUCUCCGGCUUCCUCAUCGACGCCACCCCCACCAGCAACAGCCACGAGCCUAUCCAACGAACCAUCUCCCCUGACCUCCGCUCCUACACCCUUACUGGUCUGCAGCCAGGCACCAUCUACACCAUCCACUUCUACACCCUGAACGGAGAGGCCCGAAGCGCCCCCUUCACUCUCACCACCAGCACAAUCAAACCGUCGGUGGAGGGUCCCACCAACAUCCGCUUCACCUCGCUGACCCCCAACGCCAUCUCGUUUACCUGGGACGCCCCCCGCACCCGAAUCACCGGCUACUUCAUCACCUACGAGGAGUCGGGCGGCUCCCCCCGGGAGCUGACCCCACGACCUCACGCCGGAAUGAACUACGCCACCAUCUCGGGGCUGAAGCCUGGCACUGAGUACAUCAUCAAGAUCAUCACCCUCCUGGGGGCCCAGCGAAGCAGCCCUCUGGUGGGCAAGGCAAGAACCCCCAUCAGCCCCCCUCGCCGUGUCCGGAUCACGGACGUCAAAGACUCCUCCAUCACGCUCACCUGGCGCUCCAAGGUGGAGACCAUCUCCGGCUUCCUCAUCGACGCCACCCCCACCAGCAGCAGCCACGAGCCCAUCCGACGAACCAUCUCCCCUGACCUCCGCUCCUACACCCUUACUGGUCUGCAGCCAGGCACCAUCUACACCAUCCUCUUCUACACCCUGAACGGAGAGGCCCGAAGCGCACCCUUCACUCUCACCACCAGCACAAUCAAACCGUCGGUGGAGGGUCCCACCAACAUCCGCUUCACCUCGCUGACCCCCAACGCCAUCUCGUUUACCUGGGACGCCCCCCGCACCCGAAUCACCGGCUACUUCAUCACCUACGAGGAGUCGGGCGGCUCCCCCCGGGAGCUGACCCCACGACCUCACGCCGGAAUGAACUACGCCACCAUCUCGGGGCUGAAGCCUGGCACUGAGUACAUCAUCAAGAUCAUCACCCUCCUGGGGGCCCAGCGAAGCAGCCCUCUGGUGGGCAAGGCAAGAACCCAACCCGAGCCCCUGCUGCCCGUCCUGCCCGCCCUGCCUGUCCCCCACCGGCCCGGCCCGGACAUUCUGGACGUGCCCGAAACCGACUUGGACCAGAACCGCGUGCAGCUUGUCGGCACGAACGGGCACGACAUGCUGGGACAGCAAGGCCAGCACAUCUACACAGAGUACCAGAGCCAGGGGAACGGUCCCCAAAUCACCUUCACCGAACUGGGCCCCGACAGGGAGCUGGUGCCCCUGGUGCGGGUCGGUGACGGGCCCGUGCUGGCCUAUCCCUUUGGUUUUCCAGAGAACGAAACGGGAAUGCCGCAGGAGUCCCAGACCCAGACCACCGUCUCCUGGCAACCGUACCAGCAAAGCUCCGAGUACCUGCUGUCCUGCCAGCCUGUCACCCAGCAGAACGAGAAGCUGUUCCAGAUGCGCCUCCCCGGCACCUCCACCAGCGCCACCCUCGUGGGCCUGACCUCCGGAGCCUCCUACAACGUCAUCGUGGAGGCCAUCAAAGAGGGGCUCAAACGCAAGAUCCUGGAGGAGAUGAUCACCGUCAGCAACACCGUUCCAGGGAACGUGCCCUCCAAGGACGUGUGCUACGACACCUUCACGGCGACCUACCACGACGUGGGAGACGAGUGGGAGCGCAUGUCCGACACGGGCUUCAAGCUCUGGUGCAAGUGCCUGGGACUCGGGAGCGGCCAUUUUAGAUGCGAUUCCUCCAAGUGGUGUCAUGACAACGGGCAGAACUACCGCAUCGAUGAGAAGUGGGACCGCAAGGCGGAGAACGGUCACAUGAUGAGCUGCACCUGUCUAGGCAACGGGAAGGGCGAGUUCAAGUGCGAGCCACAUGAGGCCACCUGCUAUGAUAACGGGAAGGUGUACCAGGUGGGGAACCAGUGGCAGAAGGAGUACUUGGGAGCCAUUUGCACCUGCACUUGUCACGGCGGUCAGCAGGGUUGGCGCUGUGAGAACUGCCGUCGGCCGGGCGCUGAUCUGGACGUGGACCUGGUGCAGCCCGUACACACGGACCUGUACGACCGCUACAGGGAGAACACCCUGCGCAAACUGAAUAUUCAAUGCCCCAUUGAGUGCCUGAGGCCGGAGCUCCUUGCAGACGCCCAAAACCCGAGAGAGUGAACGGAGACCCCCCCCGUCCGUCCGUCCAUCCGUCGGUCGGUCCAUCCUACCCCUGCUCCCCAGCUAUGUACCGUGCCGGUGAUGUUGAGGAGGCCGCCCCUCACCCCAGACUGUCCCAAUAACGCCCUCUGUGCCUUAUCCUCUCACCCCAGACUGUACCGAUAACACCCUCUGUGCCUUAUUCUCCUACACCUCUCACCCCAGACUGUACCAAUAACACCCGCUGUGCCUUAUCCUCUCACCCCAGACUGUACCAAUAACACCCUCUGUGCCUUAUUCUCCUACACCCUCUCACCCCAGACUGUACCAAUAACACCCUCUGUGCCUUAUUGUCCUACACCCUCUCACCCCAGACUGUACCAAUAACACCCUCUGUGCCUUAUUCUCCUACACCUCUCACCCCAGACAGUACCAAUAACACCCUCUGUGCCUUAUUCUCCUACACCCUCACCCCAGACUGUACCAAUAACACCCUCUGUGCCUUAUUCUCUAAACCCCCCCCCCACCUCUCACCCCAGACUGUACCAAUAACACCCUCUGUGCCUUAUUCUCCUACACCUCUCACCCCAGACUGUACCAAUAACGCCCUCUGUGCCUUACCCGCCCCCCCCCCCUCCUUACGGAUAAUCCGAUCAACCAUCCGCUGCUGCUUCCCCUCACGCCUUCCUGCAGAAUCCGCUCUACAGACGUAUUCGCAAAACAUUUUUUUAAUUUUUUAAAAUAUUUGGUUUGUCCAAUUUUUUAAAUUUGUAAUUAUUUUUUUUUUGAUACAUAUACUCCUUUGAGACACUUUAAAGAAAGAAAAAGGAAGAAGAAAAACAUUAACCUGUAUCCAGUGUUCCCGCAUGGCCCUAAAAGGCCCUGGGGGGUUGUAGUCUUUAUGGUGUAAGUGUAGGCUCAAAGACCCUGGGAUUUGUAGUUUUUACAGGAUUUUUUUUUGUUUUUAUGUGUGUGUUGGACCCUGUCCCUGAUUCGUUCAUUGUUAGUUCAGAUUUUAGCAGGGCUGCAGAUUUGGGAGGCCUGCAUUGGGCCUCCUGUGCCUUUCAGUAUUCUCUAAACACAAUGUUGAGUUGCAGCGUGUUCAGUGUUCUCACUUUUCUGUUAUUGUACUUGUUUGUUUGUUUUUUUUAUUUUUUUUAAAAUCUGAAAUGAAGCACUGUUUUAGCAAACGCAAGCUGUCCAACCCGUGGCCACAGACGGUGCUUGCUUCCCGCUCCUGAACUGUGUGUUUGGUUUGGUUUGUUUCUGUCCUGUAACCUCUGCUCUUGUACGGGAAGCACUGUCCGUGACACUUGCCGAUCUCGACUGAUUUGUUGUAGUUGUUCACUUUAAAAACAAAACAAACCAAAAAAAAACUAGUUUUUAUUUAUCCCUCUCUUCCGAGCAUUUUGUGUGAAUGCAAAUUUUGAGGUGUAAACUUUUUUUUAUUUUUAUACUGUAGGUGCCAAAGUCUUUACUACUGUGGACAGAAAUUCCUUUUAAUAAAGUUUUACAAGAACCUCAAAAA